AUGAUGGUAUCUUACACUCUCAAAGUGGCAGAGGCGCAUUUUGGAGCCUUCUCUGGCCUGCUCCUUCGCUGGAGGGGCAGCAUCUACAAGCUCCUGUACAAGGAGUUCCUGCUCUUCGGUACCUUAUAUGCUGUGCUCAGCAUCACCUAUUAGCUGCUGCUGACCCAGGAGCAGAAGCAUAUUUAUGCCCAGGUGGCCUGGUACUGCAACCACUUAGCAGACCUCAUCCCCUUGUCCUUCAUGCUGGGUUUCUACGUGACGGUGGUGAACCGCUGGUGGUCUCAGUACACAAGCAUCCCACUGCUGGAUCAGUUAAUGUGUGUCAUGUCAGUUGUGCACGGUGUGGAUCAGAGUGGCUGUUUAUUAUGCCGAACUGUCAUCUGCUAUGCCAACCUGGCAUUGGUGCUGGUACUGCGUUCCGUGAGUACCCCUGUGCUCAAGCACUUCCCCACUAUGGAACACAUGGUGGAUACAGGUUUCACGUCUCAGGAAGAGAGGAAAAAGUUUGAGAGCUUGAAAUCUGACUUUAACAAGUACUGGGUCCCUUGCGUCUGGUUCACUAACCUAGCCGCUCAGGCCCACAGGGAUGGACAAAUCCGUGACGACAUCGCCCUCAUCUGCUUUCUCUAGGAGCUGAACAAGUACCGUGCCAACUGCAGCAUGUUGUUCCACUAUGACUGGAUCAGCAACCUUGUCUACACCCAGGUGGUGAUGAUAGCUGAAUAUUCCUUCUUUGCCCUAUCCCUACAGUUUGUGGAGCCAGAAACAGGGGCUACCAAAGGUCAGGGGUCUCUGGAGCCAGGCAAGGAGCCCUCUCCAGACAUGGGGAACCUGGACAUGUUCGUUCCUCUGACCACAUUGCUGCAGUUUUUCUUUUAUGCUCGUAGGCUCAAGGUUGCUGAACAGCUCAUUAACCCGUUUGGUGAGGAUGACGGCAACUUUGAGACCAAUCAGCUCAUAGACCGAAACCUGCAGGUGUCCCUGCUCUCUGUGGAUAUGUGCCUACAACUGCCUCCUGCCGAGAAGGAUCAAUACUGGGAUGAGGCCCAACCUCAGCCACCCUAUAUAUGGUGGCCACAGCUGCUGAGUCACUUUCAAUCUGCGACCCUGCUGCUGGGCCACUUGUUGGGUGCAGGAGUGCUCUCGCCCGCUGUUAAGUCUGCAGAACUACGGCUGAGCCAAGCAUGCUGCACCCCCAGGACCCAGCACUUGCAUGGCUUCAGAACUGAGACAGGUGGCGAGGAGGCUGCCAGCAGAACAGAUGAGGCUGAGGAAUCUGGGGAUGAAACCCUGGUACCUUAA